GGCCGAAGAAAGCCCCCCUUUAAGCAAAAAAAAAAGAGAGCCCCCCUUUCCCCUCCUCCCACCUCCCUCGCCUCCCCCGGGGGAUUCUUAGAUCGGCGAGUUUUUGGCUACUCGGUGAUGGAGGUCACGACGGAAGCCCGGUAUUACCCUCGCGAUGGCGGAUUUUUUGAGCAGCUCACCCCGUACUCCGCCGUCCAUUGGUUCCGCUUCUCCGAUCGGCGAAGGAUCUGAAAGCCGAUCUCCGGCAGGUCGCAGCAUGUGCGGUGGUCCGGAGCGCAUUAAACCCUCGCCGUCUCCCUCCCCUGAAGAAGCCCGAAGCUCCUCCCCGGCCAAACCGAUGAACCACCUCACCGUCGAAACCGACGACUCCUUCUCCACCCUUCUCGAGCUCGCCGCCAACAACGACGCAGAAGCCUUCCGGCGAUCUCUCGACCGGGACCCCUCGGCUGUUGAUGAAGCCGGCAUGUGGUAUGGCCGCAAGAAGGGCACCAACCUGAUGGUCCUCUUGCACCGAACCCCACUGAUGGUCGCCGCCACCUAUGGCAGCCUUGAUGUUCUCCGUCUCAUACUUUCCCUCUCGGUUGUCGACGUUAACCGGGGCUGCGGCCCCGACAACGCCACUGCCCUCCACUGCGCUGCCUCCGGUGGCGCGCUGAACGCUGUUGAUGCUGUGAAGAUUCUGCUUGCAGCUGGAGCUGAUCCUAAUGCUGUCGAUGCCAGCGGCCACCGGCCAGCCGACGUGAUUGUUGUGCCGCCCAAGUCGACUGAUGUGAAAGUUGUUCUUGAGCAACUACUUGGAGGUUCUGGUUGUGUUGCGGGUGGUGAGGAGCAGCAGCAGCGUGUUCUUCGUGUGACGACAAGCUCGAACUCGAACUCGAACUCGAACUCUCCACCCCUGUCCUCAUCCCCUGUGGAGGAUGGAUUCCCGUCCUCCAACUUGUCCUCCUCUCCUACCGACCCGCCUCCACCGGCCGUAUCUGAGAAGAAAGAGUAUCCAAUUGACCCAUCGCUGCCGGACAUCAAGAACAGCAUCUAUGCCACUGAUGAGUUCCGCAUGUACUCUUUCAAAGUCCGGCCGUGCUCGCGGGCAUACUCGCAUGAUUGGACAGAGUGCCCAUUUGUUCAUCCGGGCGAGAACGCCCGGCGUCGUGACCCGAGAAAGUAUCACUACAGCUGUGUUCCCUGCCCUGAGUUCCGCAAGGGGGGGGCAUGCCGCCGGGGGGACAUGUGCGAGUAUGCUCAUGGGGUGUUUGAGUGCUGGCUUCACCCAGCGCAGUACCGCACACGCCUCUGUAAGGAUGGGACCAGCUGCACUCGCCGUGUCUGCUUCUUUGCUCACACGAACGAGGAGCUCCGUCCUUUGUAUAUGUCAACUGGGUCGGCCGUGCCGUCGCCCCGGUCCGCCACCUCUGCUGCGAUGGAGAUGGCAGCAGCGAUGGGUCUCAUGCCUGGGUCCCCCUCAUCGGUUUCAGCAAUGAUGUCACCGUUCACACCACCCAUGUCGCCGUCGACCAACGGCAUGGCCCACUCCUCACUAUGCUGGCCACAACCCAACGCUUCUACUCUGCCCCUUGCUGGAAUCAAUCUCCAGUCGAGUAGGCUGCGCUCGUCUCUGAGUGCAAGAGACAUGCCAGUGGAUGAUUUCUCAAUGAUGCCUGAUUUCAAUGGGCAGCAACUGUUUCAUGAUCUGUGCUAUUCUCGCUUUGCCUCUGUGCCGGCGGGGCGGUCCAAGGUCCUGGCUCCAUCGAACCUUGAUGAACUUUUCUCAGCUGAGAUCUCCUCAUCUCCAAGGUACAGUUCUGGUCAGGGGUCUGUCUUCUCACCAUCACACAAAACUGCUAUCCUCAACCAGUUCCAGCAGCAGCAGCAUAGCAUGCUCUCACCGAUCAAUACCAAUAUGUUCUCACAAAAAGCUGGUGACCACCAGCAGCUGCCUGGGCACUCCUCUCUCUUGCGGGCUUCGCUCGGUGCCCCUUCUCCUGGCAGGAUGUCUCCCCGUGGUGAUGAGCCACUCUCUCCAAUGAGUGCCCGUUUGGCUGUGUUCGCGCAGCGGGAGAAGCAGCAGCAGACACUGCGGAGCCUCAGCUCUCGUCAUCUUGGUUCCGGCACAUCGCCUAUUGUGGGCACCCCUGUGAAUUCAUCAUGGUACAAAUGGGCAUUGCCCUCUGGUACCCUGGACUGGGGAGUGAAUGGUGAGGAGCUGGGUCGGCUCAGGCGGUCCUCAUCUUUCGAGCUACGGUCUGGUGGUGAGGAGCCGGACCUUUCCUGGGUCCAUUCACUGACGAAGGAAUCUCCACCUGAAAAAAUAGUUACAGCAGCAAUGACUUCUGUUGGACCAUCAGCAACAGUUCCAUCUGGUGGCGGUGGCGAUGGAGAUGCUUCAAAUGCUAAUCCUCAGAUUGAUGGACAUGAUCAAUCUGCAGUCCUCAGUGCAUGGUUGGAACAGAUGCAGCUGGAUCAGACGGUAGCUUAGUAAUUAGAGCAAAUUUCUACUAAGCUGCUAGAGUUGGGGCAUUGGUAGUAGUUAACGAGUCUUAGUAAAUAAUAUUUUUUGGUUUGUUGGGAUGGUUAAGAAGGGAAAGGAGUUGAAGGGGUUAAUAUUCAUAGAUUCAUUUUCUUUAAAGAAGAUUUAUUAUUACUUCAAGAGGAGUUCAGACGGGAAAAGUGGAGGUGGUUUAACUCUGGGUUAUUUCAAGGUCUACCCUAGGUAAAUUACUCUCCUAUAGCUUGGAUUUUUUUUUUUUUACCUUUUUAUAUAUUUUUUUUUUCUUAAUCUCUCUAAAGCCAGAGUCUAUAUUAUGAAACUUGUCUAGCCUUUUUCCUUUUUCUCCUUAAUAUUCUUGCUUUUGUUAAUUAUGAUAUGUAUCUUAAUCUUGGUAAAAGUGAAAGUGUGUAAAGCAAAGUGGGGGGUUCCUCUGUGGAGAUCUAUGUUUUUCUGACCAGGUCUAUUGUUGAGAUAAGGUUCUGCUGACUUGUCCUGCAUGGCUAUUUCAAUUGUUAAUGUUGUUCUGGAGAAUUUGAGGGCAGGAAAAUAUGGUGUAUAAGUUCACUUUAUGAUGUAACAUUGGAUUAAACUUGAUUGCUAUUGUUUCAAUUCCAUUAUUUUUUUUUGGUUCUUUC